UAGUGGAUAUAAACAUAUCAGGUGAUGUGUAUUUGUGUAAUGAGGGAUGGUGUGGCCUAAAGAAAUCAAUAACUUAUAUCAAGGUAUGCAUAAUCAUUAGACAGCUUCUUUUCCUCAGGCAAAAUGAGCCAAAAAAGACAUUUAACUGACUCUGAAAAGUCAAACAUUGUAAAAAGUCUUUCCGAGGGAUGUAGCACUCUUGAAAUUGCUAAGAUAUUGGGGUGUGAUCACCGAACCAUUAAAUAUUUUGUUGCAAAUAGUCAACAGGGUCACAAGAAAUGUGUUGAGAAAAAAAAGACACAAAUGAACUGUUAAAUAUUUCAGAAGAAUCAAACGUGAAGCUACCAGGAACCCAUUAUUCUCCAAUGCUGUCAUGUUCCAGAACUGCAAUCUGCCUGGAGUGCUCAGAAGUACAUGGUGUUCAGUGCUCAGAGACAUGGCCAAGGUGAAGCAACAGAAUGUGUAGCAAAAAAGCAAGUGAAUUUCCUUUACACAAUCCCAAGUUCUCUCAAAACAGGAAUUCCAUCAGAGAUUUAACAACAGCAUGGAAUUCUGUUUCACAAGCAAAGGCAACAUUGCAGCAUAUUGAGAACAAAUUGGAAGCAGAUCUUAUUAGCACAGCCGGAUUGGAUACUGUCAUGGAAAAAAAGCCAUCAAUUAGUACUACCAGGAAAAUAAGCAGGAAAGGUUGCAGGUCUUCCAGUCAAAACAAGGAAAGUUCCUCCCGCAGGCCUCUUCGUGCUACCACUUUGGAUAGCAAUGUGAGUAAGAAUGGACAUGUCGAACUUCAUCAGCCCCUGUCUUCCUUCAGAGAUUCUCGGUGGUCACCAUCUUAUAAAACCUCUUGCCAAUUGGAGGCCAGACGUCUGAAGUAUAAAGAAACAGGGAAUAAAGCUGAAAGAAGUGGCAUGAUCUAUGACAAAGGAGAAUCAGAUUUGCAUGGCAGAGAUUUGAAACGGUCAUCUUCUACAGAUGAAACUAUUGUUCGCUAUUUGAAUGACCGUCCAGCAAUUAAUGCUUUGCAAAAUUCAGAUGUGGUGAAUCAUACAAAAUUAGAAGAAAAAAGUGAAGAAUCCAGAGGAGAUGAGUAUACAAAAACAUCCUCAAGUUCGAUAAUCCAAAAUGAACUAAAAGAAUUUCCAUUGGUAGAAUCUUCAGCUUCUUCUGCCAGUACCUCAAGUGCCCAUCGAUUAGAUAUUUUAAAGCAGCAUCAGCAUGAUGAUAAACUGGAAAAACUAAAAGAACAAAUUAGAAAGCAAUGGGAGUUUUCAGAGGAACUGAUUGGCAGAGGAUAUAAUCCUGAACAUUCUGAUCAUCCUAUAACUAUUACAGCUCCUGAAAAUAUAGUGACUCCUAAAAUCAGAAAAGUGGCAACAGCACCCAUGGCUCCCUCCUAUAAAGGUUUCAAUCCAUCAGAAGCCAAGAUUCGUACUCCUGAUGGAAAGGUAUGGUGUGAAGAGGAAUUUCUGAACCUCAAUAGAGAUUUAUGUCAAGAUUUUGAAUUCCAGUUGGCAGAAGAGGAUUUGACAGCAAUAAAGACACCAACUGAAAGAAAAGAAAAAAAAGGACACAAAACAGUGCGUAAAACUCAGAAGAUUGCACAACUCUCAAGCCCUAAAUCAGGUGCAUUUUAUUGUAUUUUUUGUUAUGUGAAUUUUGAAAAAGCAUUGGAGAUGAGGUUGAUUUCAGAUUGUGCUAUGCUUAUUUUUUGUAAUGCUUUCUUAAAGGCAGAAAUUAAGCGCCUUCAGGAAGCUUAUAAGGCAGCACGGAAAGAAAGGCAUCUUAUUCUUAAACAGCAGGAAGAAAUUAAACGGAUACGCCAGACCACUAUGAAAUUACAGGAAAAACUCAAGUUUGCAGGAGAAAACAAGGAGCACCGCAGUGAAGAGGAUAAAAAACAAACGCAUUCCUCAAGCCCUCAGCUGUCUGAUGCAGAGGCCUAUAGUCCUUCCUCCAUUUCCAGCUCUGAGACAAGUAGUAUCAUGCAGAAAUUAAAGAAAAUGCGGAGACGAAUGGAUGAGAAGUUCUUAACCAAGCGAGAGCAAAAACUGAUGCAGAGGCGUCAGUACGCGGAGGAGCUGCUGCAGUGGAAGCAACGUUUAGAUGCAGAAGAAGCAGAGAUACGUCAGAUAGAAAAACAAGCACAAGCUGCUUGGGAAAAAGAGCUGCCUAGAAUAAAAGCAAAUAAAAAAGGAGCAGGAGAUCAGAAAUCUGAUCCAAAAGACGCAGCCAGUGAAGAAGACUCCCCAAUGCCACCUUGCUCUCAUCUAAAUAGCAAAAGCUCUGUCCCAGAAGAAUUGAGCAAUCUAGUUGUUGAGUCCAUUCCAUCAAAGGUUUCUGAGAUUAAAGAUGAGCCUGGAAGCCUAGAUCACACAAUAACUGAAGAAAUAGUUUAUACAGAAGAACCGAAAUCUUUGGUUUCUACUGGAAAACCUUCUCCUUGCAAAAGCAGUGCAUCUCUAUCAAAGCAAGAGUCAAACAAACAAACACAGAAGUCUUUAGGAAAGCAGUUGUCAUCUACAAAAUCUCAGGAUAUCUCAUAUAGUUGGUCUGAUGAAUCUUUAUCCAUGACCCAAUCAGAAACCACAUCUGAUCAAAGUGACAUUGAAAGUCGAAUCUGGGCUCUGAAAGAUCAAGUGCGGAAAAAAAAGUCUGUUGUUUAUAGACUGAAAAAAGAACAGAAGAAGAGGCUCAAAGAGAAACUUAAAGCUCAAGAGGCAAGUUUGAUCAAACAGUUAGAGACCUAUGAUGAAUUCAUCAAGAAAACGGAAGAAGAAUUGAAUCGGGAUUUGGAGACAACACCAACAGCUAAACCUCAAAUCAAAACUCCAACCUCAGUUCCUGAGAAACCAAAGAUCAAACCCCCACCACUUCACAGGUCUGAAACAUCCAAAAGUUGGAAAUCGCUCACUGAUUCUGAACGUUCUAGAGGAUCUUUGGAAUCUAUUGCAGAACAUAUUGAUGCUGUGUCACAUUUUGAGCAAUCUGUGUCUAUAAACAUCAUGAAAUUCACAGAAGAAGAGAUUCAUGAAGGGAAGCAAUCUCAUACAGCAUCCAGAGUCCUCAAAACCCGAAGAAAAUCUAUAGCAGAAUCCGAUGAUUUGGAUAGUGUACUCUCCUCAUCUAUUCUCAAAGACUUAGAAAACACAAGCAAAAUAUCUCCCAUAUCAAUGAAUAAGCCUGAAGAUGCAGUGAGUUAUGAUUCUCCCGCUAUAGUGCAAGAGACAGCAGAAUCAAAAGAAUUAGAGGUUGAAAUAGUUUCCCAGGCUUAUGAAAUAUCUAAUGCCCCAGUUUUUGAUUUAAAUCAAAACAACUCAAGUCCUUUAAAGAAAGAAGUCCCUCCAGAGACUGAGCUGUUGGAAAAGGAUCAGUUUGUCUUGGAAUGCAAAAGUGUGCAGGAAAUCAAGGAGAUGCCAAGUGAAACGUUCGAGGAUGAUGAAAAUAUUACAUCAGUCAAAUCCACUGAUAGGCUGGGGAAAGAUACACUGAAAGAUGAUUCCCUGGUUUCAGAACAGAUUUCCAUUUGCGAAGAGCAAUCAUAUUCUAGUGAUUUUGAAGAGUCUUCCUUAGGAACAGAUAUAUCAAAAAGUGAGAUAGUUCUUACUGAAUAUCAAAGAGAUAUUUUCCAAGAGCCUACAUUAUCUUUCAGACAAGAUGCAGGAUCACAGGCAGAGAACUCUCUGUACACAAGACCUCCUAGGGGUGAAUCCCCUGGUUUUGGAAGUGAUGAUGAAAUAAGUGAAUGUCUCAGUGAAAAAUCUUUGUCUGUAGUUGGUAGCAUUCAAUCAGAAAGAUUGUUGGAACUUCAGUCACCAACAGAAUUUGUGAAAAAUAAAGAAUGUGGUGAUGUGGAGAAAGAACCACCUGAUGAUGAUGAUGAUGAUGAUUCAUCUUGGGCAUCAUCAGGAGAACAAGAAGAUAUUUUACUAGGUUUCAACAUUGGUGACCGAGUUCUUGUGAGUAAUCUCCACCUUGGAACACUGAAAUUUAAAGGUCGGACAAAUUUUGAUACAGGUUUUUGGGCUGGUGUAGAGUUGGACAAACCUGAUGGAUACAAUAAUGGCUCCUUCAAUGAUAUUCAAUAUUUUGACUGUAAAGAAAAGCAUGGUAUUUUUGCCCCUCCACAAAAUUUAUCUCUUUUUUCAGAAAGUGUUGGUAAUAACUUAGAUUCAAAUGAAAAUUCUUUCUUUAAGCGUGAACUAGAUAAUCAACCCAAAACAAAUCAGGGAGGCUUAGACGGUCUUGAAAAAGAAAAGAAUGAAAGAAAUUCAAAUGAGAAAUCUCCAAAAGACUCAUCGGCCUUAAAAAGUUCAAUUGGAGCUGGAGAUUACAUAAAUUUCAAUAAAUCAAGGAGCUGUGUGGUAGUUAUUAGUCCUGAUGAUGAGUUUGAUCAAGAAACCAGUGACUUUGACUCUCUCAAAUCCUCUAAAAAUGAUAAUGGUAUGUUACCUCCAGCCAUUUCAAACAUCCACAAAGAAAAUUCCGCUAUUGAAGUAGGAGGGAUUGUGGACAACAGCUUUCCUGAGAAAUGGAAGCAGCAGUCUGUUUGGCAAGAGCAAACAGAAAACAGAUUUUCUUCCAGUAAUCUGGAGAAAUCUGCAACACCACUUCUGGACUUGUUGACCAAAGAAAGAAGCCAACUGGAAGCCCAACUUAAAGUCCCAUCCCAAGAAAAGGAAGAUGUACUAGAUAGACAAGAAAGAGUUGGUUUGUUGGCUGACAGUCUCCUGCAAGGUUUUGUGAAAGACACAGUCAAUCAAUUUCAGCAAAUCAAAAAGGCAAGGAAUGAGAAGAUCCAUUUUAGCAAUCAAGAACUCGGUGCUGUCCAAGAAAAGAACUUGGCAUUUAAUGAACAGCAGAGGUUUUUAGUGGCAUCAGAAUUGGAUGAUGGAGAAGAAGUGUCUUCCCCAGAUAUGUGUCCAAGACCAGAAAGCCCUGUAUUUGGUGCCAGUGGACAGGAAGAACUUGCCAAGAGGCUGGCAGAGCUGGAACUUAGUAGGGAGUAUCUAAAUGUGUUAGGAGAUGACCAAGAUUGGUCUGAUGAGGAUUUUGGUUUGAGUUCACAUCAGCUCCCUGAAAACCAAGCCGAAGAAUCAGAAGUAUUACCUAAGAUAGAAGUGCCGAAAGUGUCACAAAAGCCAUGUGAAGAACCUUUGGAUGCACUAUACGUUGCAGAAGAAGUGGAGAAGUUGGUGCAUGCAGCAACUGAGAAACUAUGGAAAUGCAAAGAGUUGGGGCAUGAUCUUCGAUCCCUCAGCAGCCACAGAGACAUGAAUGAAUCCACCCAAGAUGACGACAUUGAAACCAUUAAUAAACAAAUUAGUAAACAGCUUGUGUUUGAUUUAACGAGAGAGAUUUUUGAAGAAAUCUUUUCAGAAGAUCCGAAUUUGAAUCGGCCGUUAUGGAUGAAGCCCAGGAGGAUAAUUUCUGGUUACUAUCGACGAGUUAGAGAUCCAAGAAAUCUUGAAGAAAUAAAAGUCUUUAUAACAGCUGAGGUUUUAAAGCUCUUAAAUUUGAGAAAUGAAUCAAAUAAUAAAACAGACUGGCAAAAAACGAUGAAAUUUGGACGGAAAAAAAAGGAUAGAGUGGAUCAAAUAUUGGUUCAAGAAUUAUAUGAAGAAGAGGCUCAGUGGGUGAACUAUGAUGAAGAUGAGCUGUAUGUGAAGAUGCAGCUAGCAGAUGGGAUUUUUGAGGCCUUAAUUCGAGACACCAUUGAUGUCCUCAAUCGGAUCUAUGAAAAAAAGAAAUUGUUGAUUGUCGAACGUCAAAACCCCCCCCAAAAUUGACUGGCUGAGAAGUGCUACAUCGUCUCCUCUUCCUGUGCUGCCUUUGGAUCCCCUACAUUGGAUUUGUUCCAAAAAGUCUCUCCCCCCCCCCCCCCAAAAAAAUCCUUUUGCCAAUUCAGUAUGUACAAUAAUACUUGGCGUUUCUUCUUCUUUCGAUAUUGGCAGUCUGAAAAUGGUUGGGAUGGAGCACCAAGAUUACCCAGCGAUGGAAUCUCCAGUUACUAGUAAACGUUCUUCAUUUUAAUAACUGUUCAACUUUUGUUUUAUGUGUAAUUUAUAACUCUUGUUUUCUGACUUAAAAGUGUAUGUCAGUCCAACCGAGUAUCUGUUCCUCAUUCUUACGUGAUUUUAAUCUUUUUGGUCUCAUUGUGGAUUUUCUGUCAUUGGAUUAAUGCAUGCAGGAGUUACGCUCCUUUAUUUUUUUCAACUAAAUUUCUAUUUCCAUUUCUUAAACUGUUAAUCUGGGAUACUUUUUCUACUUUUCCACUAUAUUUGUUUUUUUUUCCUCAGUGAACCACCAGCUGCUCCUAAGUAAAUGGUACUCAGGAUUCUCUCAGGAUUUUAAUAUGUGAGAGAUAGGAAAAAAAAUGCUUACAUAAUGUGGGCCAGUGAUCCCUUUGAUUCCCCCUUGCUUACCACCUUACUGUAAUAUACUGGUGAAACCAUUACUUGAACUAGCUUAGGGUUAGGAGUGUAUGUACCAAAGAGAGUGAUACUCAGUGUUUGACUCUGGACCUGAUUUUUUUAUGCUUGUGUCAUUUGUUAUAACUUAUUUUGAAACUCCUAAAAAAUAAUUGCCGCGUGCUCUAUGAAUGCACUGUUACGGGAUUUAAAACGUCAGAAUACCUGUACAUUAGGAAUGCAUCUGUCUCAUAAAAACGAGGUCUCAUACUAUGUGCAAGAAAUGCAUCAGAGACAAGAAUCUACAAAGAUUUAAAUGCAUGGCUUUUUUCCCCAUGGUGGGGUGGAAACGGAUUGUGAAGAGGCACAUGUUACAUCAAACUAAUGUACUUGGGAAGGGAAAUAGGAAGUCAGAAGCCCUUUUGCCAAGAUUUUCAUGACUGUUAGAGUGGGCCACGAUUAAACCCAGUUACUGCCUCCAUUCCUCCUCCCCCACCCCCAAGGUUUUCUCCAGGGAAUACAAAAUAUUCUCCCAGUAAGUGGAGACAUCAUCCAGACAUGGGUUAUUCCAGCCAGUAUCCAAUAGGACUGGGUCUACCAAAUUGGUAAGUCACGCCCUCUGUGCUACUCCUCCCAGCUUAGACUCAGUCCGUUCCUUGCAUUGGCUGUGUCUAGUGAUCUCUCCAAUAGGUUUUUGCUAUUAAUUGUAUUUUUUUCUUAAAUUCGUUCUUAUUUGACAUAUUGCUAUUCCAAAUUCCAAAAUUUUCUAAAAUUGUUGAUUGGAGCUUGGUGGGGGGGAGACUGAGAUCGGGACUAGUUCCCUAGCCUCUACGGAGAAUUGGGCUCACAGGUAUAUCCCUUCGGCCACGUUUGCCGCUUUUCUCACCAUGCAUUACCUGGCGGUCGUCUUCCUGCCUCCUGCGUUGCUCGCUGUCUUAAGGCUCUGUUUGAUCAUAAGAUUGCCGCCUCGCACUUUGCAGCAGCCUCCUGUCACCAACAACAACUUGCACAGCCUCACACUCCGGAAUCGCUGCCCUGAGCCGCCAAUAUUGCUGCCUUUGAUCUCUGGCUUUUGCUGUCGGGAUUCAGUGCGCCAAUGCCGUAGCAGCCUUAAACUGACCAGGAGGUCAGCGCGAACUAGCCGGCAUUGCUGGUUUUUAUUUCUUGUCCCUCAGAGGACACGAAGAUUCCGGGCGACCAUCUUGGACACUCAGCAAGUCCGGCGGCCAUUUUGAGUCACCACAACGAGGUCGUGAAUACCAUGUCUGCCAAUGCCUCGGAUGUGGGUGCCCCUGUGUCCCUUCAGGACUCUCCCCCUUCCACUAUACCACCUACGAAUCCCAAGGAGUCCAGUUCAAAGAAGAGGGGUUCUUCGGUGGGGGAGGAUGCUUCCAGGCCUGCCAAGGUUUCUAGGUCCAGCGUAUCUUGGGAGCCGGCCCCUAGUAAGGACCAGAGUGUGGUUUCUUCCUCAGUCUCUCGCAAGGCCAAGACUAAAUCUCGUCAUUGUGAGGUUUCUCCCCAGCCUCCCUUGGUUCCUUCCUCCAGGCCACAAAAUCCCCCUGAGGAUCUUUCCACUGACACACAUAGGGAAAUUUCGACACCUGCCUCCCCACUUCAGCCUGACUUCCCAGUGGAAGAUGGCUCGGAGGAUGAGAGGAGUCUAACUCCCGAGCUGGAGGUUGUUUCACCGAGCCCCAGUGGGCUGCCCUGUUACCCUUCUGAUAUGGCUGAUAUUAUCUCAGCAGCCGUAGAAAGGGUCAUUGCUGCUGGCCUGCAACAUUGUGCUCCUGUGGUCUCUACUUCAAAGGCUUCCAAAUCUUCCAGGAAGCACAAGGGACAUUCCUCCCUCGCAAAGGGGACUCCUGUUGACUCUCUUUCCCAGGCUUCUGUCUUAGAGGUUGAUGAGCAGGUUUCAAGAGACUCUGACCUCUCAGAUGAUGAGGACCUCACUCCUGCUCCUUCCUCAUUGGUGGGACUGUUUAAACCUGUCUUAUUUCGCUCUCUUCAAGGCAAAAAAGGUGUCCGGCAUCCCUGCCUCCAAGCCCACUUCCAGUAUGGAACAGGACAAAGUUGAUACUACUGACCCUUUCUUUUCCAGGCCUACAGUUGAAAAGGAUGUCCCAUCCCCAAAGCUCUUUCUGGAAGUAGUCCAGAAUCAGUGGGUGUCCCAGGGGCUGGGCCUCUCCCCGCUUUCCUGGACAAGCACUUGUAUAAUAUUGGUCCUGAGUUCUCAAAGGUAUUGGAGGUGCUAUCCAUAGACCCCCCCCCCCCCACCUGUGGUUGCUAUCUCUUCUCCAAACACUGCUACAGCAGCUCCGGAGGAUGCCCCUCCGACUGGAGGACAAAAGGUUUGAGCAAACCCUGUUCAAGGGUCAUCAGGCCUCAGCAUGGGCAGUGAGGGCGGCUUCUUCUGCCUCCUUCUUCAAUAGGGCUGCUCUAUGUUGGCUUAAACAGCUUCAGGACAGGCUCCCACCUUCUGAUAUUAGAUCACACCAGGACAUUAAUAAGCUUAACGCUGCAAUGGCGUAUUCGGCGGAUGCUUCUUUGGAUGCAGCUCGCUUCGCUUCCAAGGCCAUUGCCUUUUCUGUGCCCACACGCCGUCUCUUGUGGUUGAAGCAAUGACAGGAGGAUGCCAGAGCAAAAUGGAGGGUCGCCUCUUCUCCCUUUUUUGCUGACAUCUCUUUGGGCCUCCUUUUGAGCCUCUUCUGAUUGAAUCCAAAGAUAAAAGGAAGAUUCUGUUUUCGGCUACUCGCAAAUCGGAUAAUAAAUCCUCU